UCCUUCUGCUUUUGUUAACAUGGCCGGUGGUUACAGUGUGCUGAGUUUUUACGUCUCGCAGUGUUUUACGAUAUGGUUAUUAAAUAUUUGACCAGUGUUUUAAAUUCUAGGGUGUUGAAAAUCGAAAUUUCUGUACACUUGCUUUAAAAGUAUAAUCAUCAUGGAGAAACAAAAACGUUUGUAUAAAAUCGUCCUUACUGGAGGACCCUGUGGUGGUAAAACAACUGGUCAAUCACGGCUGUGUACUUUUUUUGAAAACUUAGGCUGGAAGGUAUUUCGAGUUCCUGAAACGGCAACAGUACUUCUCAGUGGCGGCAUAAAAUUUUCAGAUUUAUCGACUGAAGAAAACGGUGUCUAUUCGGGCGAAUCGGAUUAUCUUGGUGCUUGCUACAUUGGGAAACCUGUUCUUGAUGAGGUCACUGACGACUUGAUGAUGUCUGAGAUCCAAGCUGUGUCUUGCGGCUAUAAAUUUCAAGAGAAUCUAUUAAAGACAAUGCUGCAAAUAGAAAAUACAUUUUUUGAAUUAGGGGAAACAUGCCAGCGAGACUGUUUGAUUAUCUGUGAUCGUGGAGCUAUGGAUGCGUCUGCAUUCAUCUCCAAAGAUAAAUGGGAGAGAAUGAUGAACUCGAACGGAUGGAACCCGGUUGAAUUGCGGGACAAUCGAUACAAUCAGAUUAUCCACAUGGUCUCAGCAGCAAAUGGUGCUGAAGACUUCUACAGUACUGAGGACCAUGCCUGUCGGAGCGAAAACGUCGGACUAGCCAGGGAACUGGAUUACAACGCAGCGGCUGCUUGGGUGGGACACCCCUACUUCGAUGUCAUUGAUAACUCCACUGAUUUCGAAGCCAAAAUCUGUCGGAUGAUUGCUAGUGUGUGCCAGAAGCUGGGCAUCGACACGGGCGACCGGCUGCAGACCAACUCCCGCAAGCGCAAGUUUCUGGUGAAGUGUCUGCCCGACGAUGCCCACUUCCCCCCCUUCCAGGACUUCGACGUCGUCCACAACUACCUGCAGGCCAACAACCCCAACAUGCAGGCUAGGUUACGCAAGCGCGGCCAGAAAGGUCAUUGGAGCUACAUUCACACAAUUAGAAAACCGAAGAUCAGAGGGCAAGUGAUCGAGGUGAAAACGCAGUUGACACACAGAGACUACAUCAACAUGCUCGCUCAGCGCGACGAUUCACAUUUCACCAUCUUCAAGAAAAGACGCUGUUUCCUCUACAAUAACCAGUACUUCCAGUUGGACAUCUACCGUGAACCUUGCCAUGCUAGAUGUAAAGGAUUAAUUUUGCUCGAGACGUAUUCAGCACUGGAAAACGGCCAUCUUGAAAGAUGUCUGCCGAAAUUCCUCACCCUGGUCGAAGAAGUGACCGGCAACCCCGACUACUCCAUGUUUAACCUUUCACUCAGAGAAGAAUGGGACACUACAAAAAAGUUCUGUCGUAAAUUUCAAGGUAUUUACUCCUAUACUUCAUACACUGGAUUUUACAAGAUCGGUCACGUUUUUCAAGGCGAUGACGUUGCAUGUGAGUCUGACUUUUUAAUGAAAAACUGAGUAAAUUUUGGAGAUCUGCACAAGACCGUCAGGCCCU